CUCACUAUCCCAGCGUCGCCACUCAGAGACAUACUAAACCUUCUAAGUCCCCAAAAUUUGAAGCUCAAAAAUGUCUGACACCGAGAGCACCGUUGAGGUCGAAUCCCAAGAAGUACCCAAGCGGGAGUCACAGGAUCGGAAGCCGACCUCCGCCGCCGUCAACUACAGCAUCUGGCCGCCGACCGAGCGCACCCGUAACGCAGUCGUCGACCGCCUCAUCGAGACCCUCACCACUCCCUCCCCUCUCUCCCGACGCUACGGCACCUUGUCCGCCGACGAGGCAGGCCCCCAGGCCCGCCUCAUCGAGCAGGACGCCUUCGCCGCCGCCGGUGGCUCCGCCGCCACGGAGGUCGGCAGUGAGACCGGGAUGAAGAUCCUGCAGAUCUACUCCAAGGAGAUCAGCAAGCGCAUGCUCGAUGUCGUCAAGGCUAAGAACGCCGCUGCUUCUGCUGCUGACAACGGCGCUUCCGAGACCGCCGAGACUGGUAGCCCCGCCGCCGCCGUGGAGGACGAUGCCGCCGCCGCUGUUCCCGGUGAGGAGGUGAAGUCUGAGGAGGUGAAGACUGAGGAAUCGAAGACUGAGGAGUCGAAGACUGAGGAGUCGAAGACUGAGGAGUCGACCUGAUCUGCGUCAGUGUUAGGCAUUUCUAGCUUUAAUAUUAGCGUUAUGAAUUUAUGACCUGUUUCGUACUGAUUAUGGAUUUCUUAUGAUGCCUACUCUAUUAUAACAGUCUAUUACAGUUUAUAUAUUUAGGUACUGUUGCAAUGUGCUUGGGUUUUCUCUGUUUUAUAUAAUGUGCUGGCUUGGUGUUGAGCAUCUAUCUGCUUUGUUAAGUUAUGCUUUUGCUAAAACAAUCUAAUGA